AUGGGAAGCCUCUCGUUUCUCUUGCUGCUCUUCUGCACCGCCUUCCAUGUCGCCUUUUCCAUUAUUGACGUGACUAAUGGAGAGUUUGAGCAGGGUCCAAAGCCAGGAGACAUGAAGGGCACGGUGGUGACGGGUGGCCCCCACUCUAUACCGGGGUGGGAGAUUUCUGGCUACGUUGAGUACAUAAAAUCAGGGCAGAAACAGGGUGACAUGUUGCUUGUGGUGCCAAAUGGAGCUUAUGCGGUGAGGCUUGGAAACCAGGCAUCUAUUAAGCAAAAGUUACAAGUAGUGAAGGGAAUGUACUAUUCGAUGACGUUUGUGGUGGCACGCACGUGUGCUCAAGAGGAAAAACUCAACGUAUCUGUGGCUCCAGACUGGGUGGUGCUACCCAUGCAGACGUUGUAUAGUGGCAAUGGUUGGGAUGCCUAUGCAUGGUCCUUCCAAGCAGAUUACUCUCAAGUGGACAUGGUUUUUCAUCACCCCGGAAAGGAUGAGGAUCCUGCUUGUGGACCAAUCAUUGAUUCUAUUGCUCUCAAAGCUCUUUACCCUCCUAGACUCACUAAUAAGAACGUAUUGAAGAAUGGUGGUUUUGAAGAAGGACCAUACGUGUUCCCUAACACAUCGUGUGGUGUGCUUAUCCCACCCAACAUUGUAGACCUCAGCGACCACUCUCCCUUACCGGGGUGGAUAGUGGAGUCCUUAAAGGCUGUUAAGUACAUAGACUCUGAUCAUUUCUCAGUUCCCCAAGGGAAAAGAGGCGUGGAGCUGUUGGGAGGAAAAGAAAGUGCCAUUUCACAAAUAGCCAGAACUGUCCCUGGCAAAACCUACUUCCUCUCUUUUGCUGUGGGAGAUGCUGGUGAUUCUUGUGAAGGGUCACUUGGCAUUGAAGCUUAUGCAGGCAAAGACAGCAUAAUGGUGCCAUAUGAGUCCAAAGGCAAAGGUGGGUUUAAGCGUGCUGUUCUCAAGUUUGUGGCUAUUAGUCCAAGAACACGCAUUGUUUUUCGCAGUAGCUUCUACACCAUGAGUAGCGACGACCACUCUUCGCUGUGUGGGCCCGUGGUUGAUGAUGUCAACUUGAUUAGUCUUCGCAAAAUUUAA